CCGGUAAAGUCGUGAGGCGCAGCGGUAACGCCCCGUUUUCCCUCUGUUCACGCCCAGUCGGUGCAGGCGAGAUCGCGCAAGAGGCCGCUUGAAACGAGUCGCUGUAAGUACGCGUCGCCUCGGGCAUCAGCCUCUUCCAUCAUUACAGAGCAAUCGGUGGCUCGUUUUGUAGCCAUAUAAGAGCGCGCUGGUGCGCCAACUUGGAGAAGGCGCUUGGAUCGUUGUCACCAUGGAAGGACGCAGAGGCGCACCUGGAUCCGACGAUGACUACUCCUUCGUCAGUCCAGUUGUCAAGUACCUGGUGUUCUUGUUUAAUUUUAUAUUUUGGAUAAUCUCCUUGGUGAUGGUGGCCAUCGGCGUGUACGCCCGCCUGAUGAAACAUGCCGAGGCAGCACUUGCAUGUCUGGCCGUGGACCCCGCUGUGAUGCUGAUGAUCGUGGGCUUCUUCAUGUUCUUCGUCACCUUCUGCGGCUGCGUGGGCUCCCUGCGAGAAAACAUCUGCCUUCUGCAGACAUUCUGUAUCUGCCUCACGGUCAUCUUCCUGCUCCAGCUGAUCGCCGGGGUUCUUGGCUUCGUCUUCUCCGAUAAGGCUCGGGAUAGAGUGACGGGGAUGAUCAACAACGCCAUCGUCCACUACAGGGAGGACAUUGAUCUGCAAAACCUCAUCGACUUUGGUCAGAAAGAGUUUGGCUGCUGCGGCGGUGUGACGUACACGGACUGGUCCCAGAACUUGUACUUCAACUGCACGCAGGACAACCCCAGCAGAGAGCGCUGCUCCGUCCCCUUCUCCUGUUGUAUCCUGUCCGACGACAAGGUGGUCAUCAACACCAUGUGUGGCACCGGCGUGCAGCUUUUGGAGUACGUCGAAGCCGGAGACCACAUUCACACCAAUGGCUGCAUAGACACACUGGUGAAUUGGAUCCACAGUAACAUGUUCCUACUGGGAGGGGUCGCCCUGGGGCUGGCUAUACCAGAGCUGGUUGGCAUCCUCUUGUCUCAGAUUUUGAUCAACCAGAUCAAAGACCAGAUUGAGCUCCAGAACUACAACCUCAAGCACCAAUCUGACCCGUGGAGCUGACCCGGGGGGGGGCCGGAUCAGACCAGAUCUCGGUGCGCUCUGUUAUCGAGACGCUGGUGGCACCUCGCCGUUGCGGAAGGUUUCCACAAAAGAAACUCUGGAGAAACUCUGGAGACUAUAUGAGCCUGUGGUGAGCAUCCAGUAUCCGUGGUGGUCGACACAAGACCAGUGAUCGGGAGUCACGGCUGACGUGCUUUCAAAUACCACCACGGAAGAGGAGGUCAAAAGAAAAACUCUCAUUGAAACGGGACUCUGUCGCCACCUGCCGGACAAAGAAGAUCCCUGAAUUUACCAAACCUGAUGAGGUUAUUUGGUCAUAUUAACUUAAGAUCUGCAAUUGGUGAAAUCUAUUAUAAGCCUCAAGACAAACAAGAGCGGCAGAUGUAUGUAAAAUAUGAACUACCCUAAAAGGUGGAAUGCAUUUUCUAACAUAGAUUUCUUUGUAGAAUUUUUUUUUUUUAAUAAAGGGAAUGCAUGCUCAACAAUAUUGCUUGUGGCUGCAAGUAUCUCUGGGGUUGCUCUGAUAUUUGGUUCAUUUGGUUAGCAAUUUUUACCCUGAAAUAAUGCACUUUUUCAAUGUGAUGAUGAAAUACCUGUGUCAUAGGUCAGACUACUUAAUACAUUCUGGUGAAUAAAGCGGGCGAGGAUGCUCGUUGGUAUGUCUUUGUCUUUUUUUUUCACAGGCUUAUUUUUUAUUUUUUUCGUUUUUAUUACUUGGCCCAAGAACUAUUGCAAAAAGGAAUAUUCUAUCAGUACAAUACUUUUUUUAUAUAUGUUUCCUUUGGGAUUAAUUUGUCUAAUAAUAACAAAUAUGCCGCGUUGGGCCAUUUUGUUGUCCUGCCCACACCUGACACUGCACUCAAUGCCAUUUUGUCUCAAUAAGUUCGGUAUAUAUGUACAUGUUUGGCAAAUCGCAUAUAGGCUUUGUACAAAGUUAGAAUUCUUUGCAUACACUGCCGAUGAUACACUCUCACCUCUUGCUUUUUUCGUUUUUCUUUUGUAACGGGCUGAAACUGAAAUACAGGAGUGGGGAAUUCCCACAAAAGAAAACCCUUGUGUGAAGGCCUGAGGUGCUGUAGUGUGUUUUGUUAAUGUGGUCACUACAACGGGCCAAGUUUGUAUUUGGGACCAAUCGGUGAGCGGGUUGAGGUUUUCGGACUUUGGGGAGGGUGGGUGGGGGGGGUGCUUAAGGAACUUAAUCACCACAAACAAUCUCUUUUUCUCUCUCUUUUUUUUGUUGUGAAAGCUUAAUGUGAUCUGACGGCAAAGUAAAUACUAGCUUGGGUUCAUCCACAGCUUUAAAUGUCCUUUCAAAUAAAGAGCUGUCGACUUUUAGCUGGACACAUUUCCCUUCUUUGUCCAGAGCUGCAGAGAAAAAAAAGGGUUGAAUGCAUCUGAAGCACAAACCAGUGGAGAGGCAUUUUCAGCCCAAAACCUGAUGCCUGUAAUCUUUGUGAGCAGAAACAGACACGCGUGUUUUUUAACAGCCUUUGACGCAAGUCCACAAUCUAAACAAGACAUUUCUGUGUUAUUUUAAAGCCUGACUCCCUUUACUGAGUAGAUUCCCCCAUCAGAACCAAAACUAAAUUGCCUUUAUCGCCAGUCAGAUGCUGCAGGAUUUGACGUGGCACAGGUGUUUUGGUGAGAAAGAAAGAAAGUGUGUGUGUGUGUGUGUUGGAUUGAGUUCUGCUGCUCUGUGUGUGGUCCCUUUUUUUUUUUUUUUGGGC